UUCAUUCAACCAAAGUUCAGAAAAUUUCUACCUACCUGUCCCUCCUCAUUUUAUGCUUUUAACCUUUUCACCUUCUCCUCCGUGUAACUCUUUUUGUUCCUUCCUCAAAAUAAAGAGAUCUCGACGCGUGGCUUCAAAAACUUCCACAGAGAAUCACACCUAGAAACAAAACAAAACAAAACUAAGAAACAAUAUUCGUUUACACAUUGUGGCCUCCUCGAUUGUGAUCGCUCUUCUUCAGACAUUUCUUUUAAGAGAAUCGAAUUUUCUCUUCCAUUACUUUUUGCCUUUUUUGUUUUGCUUGUUCAUUAAAUUCAGUCUUCAACACGUCAAAGCUCAGAAUACUCUCUCGCUUGCCAUUGAAGAAGAAGAAACCUAUCUUUCUCUCUCUGUCGAGGAUCAUGGCGAAUGGUAAAGGGCCAGCCAAAAAAUCGAACCUUGAUCGAUUUCUUCAUUGCACGACACCAUUAGUGCCACCCCAAUCUCUCCCCAAGGGGGAGAUUAGUAGAAGCCUGAAUGGAUUGUGGCAUUCACCGCGGGAGAGAGAAAAAGUUGAGUUUUUCAGGUUGAGUGAUCUUUGGGAUUGCUACCAUGAAUGGAGCGCUUAUGGUGCUACUGUUCCUAUUCAUUUAACCAAUGGAGAAUCUCUUGUGCAAUACUAUGUUCCUUAUCUCUCUGCAAUCCAGAUUUUCACCUCUCAUUCUUCCUUGAUCCGCUUAAGGGAAGAGUCUGAAGAUGGGGAAUCCGAUGGUAGGUAUCCCUUUAGCGAGUCAAGUAGCGAUGAGAGUGUCUCUGAGGAAGGACUUGAGAACAACAACCUCCUCAAUGAUCGUUUGGGUUACCUUUAUCUCCAAUACUUUGAGAUAACGUCUCCUUAUACCAGAGUUCCUCUCAUGGACAAGAUCAAUGAGUUAUCGCGGAGAUAUCCUGGUUUGAUGUCGUUGAGAAGCGUGGAUCUUUCACCAGCGAGCUGGAUGUCUGUUGCUUGGUACCCUAUUUAUCAUAUACCGAUGGGAAGAACCAUUAAAGACUUGUCCACUUGUUUCCUCACUUACCACACCCUUUCUUCUUCUUUCCAAGAUAUGGAACUGGAAGAGAACGGUGGUGAUAGAGAGAGGAUGCGAAAGGAAGGAGAAGACAUAACAUUGCCCCCAUUUGGGAUGGCUACUUACAAGAUGCAGGGCAAUGUUUGGCUCUCGCAUGACCACCAGGAUGACCAAGAGAGAUUGGUUUCGCUCUAUAGCGUUGCGGAUUCGUGGCUAAAACAGCUUAGGGUUCAACAUCAUGACUUCAACUACUUCUGCACUAUGUCUUCUAUGACUUAUCGUGGCUAACUAUGUUCGUUUCUUUCCUCAUUAUAAAGUCUAAAUCCUUGCUUUGGUUUAGAAUAGCGUUCUGACAAGUAUAUGUCCGUAUAUAGAGUUUGUUGCCUUGUUCAAACAGAGUAUAUUGUUUCUUGUAAGUUUUUAUAACACUCUCUCUAGACACAGCGAGAAACAUAACGUAUUUACUUUAAGUUUUUAUGA